AUGGCAGCCCAGCAGGUCAACAACCUCGACAAUCUUGUGAGGGCGGUUGAACGGCAGCACGAGCAGUACAUCCAAGGUCUCCGUGCCCUUCACGACAACGUGGGCAGUCGCAGGCGAGAGCGCUCAGACACGCAGCACACCGUCAGCGAGGCCUUUUUGUCUCCUGCCAGAGCGCCGACUGGUCCCGUUUUCAGCGAUGCUUCGAGCCACCAGGCCAUCACGAGGCCAGCAGCGCGGCGGUCGACGCUAGAUGCGUCUGAGCGACCUUUGCUAGGACACUUAUCCUCCCCGUCGCCUAAGCUCUUCCCAAGUACGUCCCGACUGAGCGAUGGGACUUUUCCAGGCCAUGACGAGGACCUCAACUUCAUCCGUCUCCUGGACAGCACGCCCAACCUUCAGCCCAACAAGCCUACUUCUAUCCCGCCUCCCGAUGAGACACCCAGAACCACCAAAGCCCUAGCGCCCCUCGCCUUUGCGGAUGACAUGCUAUUGAAACACCUACGCGACUCUGAGUUCUGGGGCGAGACACAACGUUUGCUGGAGGACGUGCUGAAGCGGAGGGAAGAAAUUGACACUGCCCAGCCCUUUAGGGACUUCGCGGCGUUUGAGCGAGAAGGCUAUCUCAGUGCCACGUUUGAGGUCUACGAUGUCGAUACCGACGCCAAGGCGACGAAGAUAAGCACGGAUGUAGAUGUUCAGGGCGUCGUCAAGUACGCUGGUGACGGGCCAUUCGACAUGCAGGAUGAGAUUGUCGAUGCGCCCAUGGUGUGGGAAUGCAUCAAAGACGUGAACCACAAGGGAGACUGUGUAGGCAGGAUCACAAUCGUCCAGGAACCCACGCCGCUGAUCAUGGCUGCUCUUCACCUCACCAUGUCACCUCACUUUGAUAUGUCCGAGCUCAUCCAUCACUUUCUCUCUGAUGUUCCUCACAGAGGCCGGACGCAUGCUUGUCUCCAUCGCGCCUUUGAGAAGGAUCCUUAUCCUCUGACGGCCCCUGUGCCUCAGCCAGCCAUCACCACGGCCCGUCUGCGUCAGCGUUCUUUUUUCUUCGCGUUCAAGUACUACACUGUUGUCGGUGACGGUCUUGAGCCAGCACCUUGGCAGCGGUUCGACAAGCGCCCGUCGGACAAACGCACCGGCGAUCAUGUUGAUAUUGCCGAGUGCGGUUCCAUCCUUGCCCUGUCCCUAGAGGGCGAGCCAACGAAGCCUCUGCGUAUCCGCCCUAGAAGGGAGCGUACCAAGGAGGGUUUUCUGUUUGACACGUUCGGGGCAUGGCAUCUUCUGAGUAUUCAAAGCUUUCCCGAUGACGAGCACACCGUCCGUGGCGAAGAAUUCCAGGAGAAAAGCUUCUACAAUGGUCCUUAUGCGUUCCUGGACCUGCUGGUCGCAGAAUUCCGUGAUGCCGGAAAGAGGAACCAGAUCCUUCAUGAGAGAAUCACCAAGCUCAUCACGCCUCCUACCGAUUUCAUGUUCGACCGCCGCUUGCGAGAUAAACUUCUCUUUGAAGACAAGCACUUUACCUACAUUCGACGAUACUUUUGGGCCUACAAUACUCUCGCAGUCAUCAAUGCUGGGCUGAAAGCAAUGAUCGCAUCCUACUUUGAUUCCUUUACUGAUGAAUUUUGGGCCGGAACCCAUCCUUUGCUGUGGCCCAUUCCCUCGUCGUUGACGCCAGAGGCCGCCGAUGCCUAUCGAGACAAGAUGGGCUUGCUGAGAAAGGAACUCGAGAAAGUCGUCAGUGAUCUUGGCGAAGUGCUCAACCGGAACGAGCGCACACGCAAGGAAAUCGAGAACUUAAGAGACCAGCUGUUCAGCGGUAGCUCCAUCAAGGAGAGCAGGCGAGCCAUUGAUCAGGGCGACAACAUUCGGAUCUUGACUAUGAUCAGCAUGAUCUUCCUCCCACUCACGUUCGUCACGUCCGUCUUUGGGAUGACUGACUUUGACAUACCCGCCAAUGACUGGCGUUUCGCGCUCGUAAUGCUUCUCGUAUGCGUUCCAUUCACCAUCCUCAUCCUGCUUUUACAGACACGCACCUUCACUGUGGUCCUACGCAAGAUCGCGACUCUGUCUAAGAAAGUCGCGGCCUUGCCGGUUUUGUUGUACGCCAGGAUGAGGGAACCCAAGGAGGCUGUCCAGGACAACUGGUCCACGGCGCCGGUGGCGGUCAAGCCUACGAUGGGCAGGAAGCGCAGGUUGAUGGCGUUGGAGGUGGAAAGCAAGGAGAAGGGAUUGUGGCCCUGGAACGGUUGGUUUGCUGGCAGAGAGGACGAUGCAGUCAAACCAUGA